CUCUCGUCUACUUUUCAGGCGAGGCGCAGUUCAUCUCGAACACUUGCGCUUCAAAAAAAUCGACACUGUGUCGAGCUAGCAUAACACCACUAGUUAUUUGCCAACCGCCAGUAAACAGGAGGAAAAGACAAAGAAGAAGCAAGUUUACAUGACAACGGAGACGGUGCCGUUUCCACUCUUCAUCUGGGACGAGCCGCCACCUUCAGCUGCAGCCGCCUGGUCUCGUGUACUUCCCAGCUCCCUGCAAUACCUCCAUUCCUUACAUCAUGAAGUCAAUGCUUCUGAAUUUGCUGUCUCUGGCUGUCUGGAGCGUUACAGGAGAGUCUGAUGUGACCGGCAAACAUGAAACAGUUGAAGCCAAAGUGGGGGAUGACAUUGUUCUGCCAUGCUACAAAGAGCCCACAUACGACCUGAAGACUGUAAGAGUUGAGUGGACUCACAAGGAAAAAGAAGUGCACCUCUAUCGAAAAGGGAAGGAUGAGCUAGAGUAUCAGGACAGGAAUUUCACAGGUAGAACAUCUCUGUUCCAUGAUCAAAUGGCCGCCGGAAAUAUUUCACUGAGACUGAGCCAAGUAGAUGAUCGGGAUGUUGGAAAUUACAUCUGCCUUGUUAAGGUCAAAGACUCACCCGAAGAAGUCAGACAAUGCGAUAUUCUUCUCAGUAUCGUGCCAGAGCGAGAGCCAGAGCCAGAGCGAGAGCCAGAGCGAGAGCGAGAGCCAGAGGCAGGAAAGAGUCACAUAAACUAUGGUUACUUUGGUUUUGCCAUUCUUGUCAUUGGAAUUCCUGGAAUUGCUGUCUAUUUGAUAUGGAGGAGAUGUAAAACUACCAGAGGCCUGUAACAGGAGAGGAUGCAACCGGCCAAACAACCAAGGAAAAGAACAAGGACAAUCCCAAGACAAUCUGAGUCUGACAACAUGAGCUAUAUGAUACAGUGUCACUAGUACGUACUAGUACGUAGUAGUAUAGCUUUUGGUUCUUGGACCCAGCUACCAAUCUCAAAACCUACUGGCCAGCACUUUGAAAGCAAUAAGUUUCUGGGGGAAACGACUAAUACUGGAAGUGAUGUCCAGGCCAAAACUCCAUAUUUGUGUUCAUUUCUCAUCUUUAAAAAGACAAGCAAUUAUAUACUGUGGACCUCAAUACAUCUCAGACUUGGCCUAUAAAUAGAAACUUGAACACUUCCAAUACCAAUAUUUUCUAUCAUGUGCCUCCAGUAGAACAAAACACCAGCUAUGAGUCAUUUGGAUCUAGAUUUCUUCAUCUUUUCAUAUGGCAAUAUAUGUAUAUUGUAGAAAAUUAUGUGGUAGGUAGUCAUCUGGAUUUUCUGGAUUGAUGACAAAUUCUAGCUUGGAAAUCCAGACUCAAAUGUAGAAAGAAAGAAAGAAGUGCAAAUUAUAAUUUUCUAGGGGCGGGGCAUCUGUAUUUCCAGGUUAGACAAAUUCACCUUCAAGCUGCAUAUUGAUGCACUGACAAAAAAAUUACAAAUUAAGCUUUGUAUAGAAACAAGUCUCGUUUCCCUCCAUCAUGUAGAAAGAAGAUUGUGGAAGCAAUCUUUGUUUCAGUUAUAUGGUGACGUAAUUUAUCGCCAUGCAGCAGCCUCCACCAUUCAGCCCUUAGAUUUAUAACCGCAGACAGCCAUAGCAUUCAUCAUUGUCUUCUUUAUCAGAGAAUGGGUUGGCCUUCUCUGUCUAUUACAAGGGACCAGCAUUUGUUUUUAUUUAUUGUGCACCACACCUGGAACAAAUUGCAGUGCACUUUGAAACUUGAUAGUCUUGUUAUAACAGGUCAUUCCAGAUUAGAGUUUAGAUUCUCUGCCUGAGCCCAAACCCAAUCUUGAUCCAUGACAGCAAAAAGACGGGGACCUCGACACUCUAAAUGUAUAUUAUUGCACUGUAUCGGGCUUUUGAAAUUGUUUAUUUUAUGCUGUUAUUUAUGUACUCCAAUCUGUCUUCG